GGUCUACUGUGGGGAUUGUCGCCGACUCGAGCCGGACGGUGGCAGGCGGCGGUGUUUUUAUUUUGAAUGAACAUUUUGCAUCACGAACAUUUUGGGAAACACAAAAGGAAGAUGUCCAACGGCGCAGCAGGAAGCGGGGGUCUUACUUGGGUGACCCUCUUUGAUAAGAAGAAUGCUGCCAAAAAGAGGGAGGAGGAGGCGGCGGCGGCCGCAGCGGCGGCAAACGGCAGGGGUGACGGGGGCAAGGCGGAGGGAGGAGGCGGUGGUGCCAAGAAGAAGGGGGGAGAGAAGUUGUCCGUGGAGAGGGUGUACCAAAAGAAGACCCAGCUGGAGCACAUCCUGCUGAGACCCGACACCUACAUUGGCUCUGUAGAACCCGUCACCCAGCAAAUGUGGGUUUUCGAUGAAGACCUUGGGAUGAACCUACGAGAAAUCACUUAUGUCCCUGGGUUAUACAAAAUCUUUGAUGAAAUUCUUGUCAAUGCAGCCGACAACAAACAGCGGGAUAAGAACAUGACCACCAUAAAGAUCUCCAUUGAUCCUGAGUCCAACACCAUCACUAUCUGGAACAAUGGCAAAGGCAUUCCUGUGGUGGAGCACAAAGAUGAGAAGAUGUAUGUCCCGGCUCUCAUCUUUGGACACCUUCUCACCUCCAGUAACUAUGAUGACGACCAGAAGAAAGUCACAGGUGGGAGGAACGGCUACGGUGCUAAACUCUGCAACAUCUUCAGCACAAAGUUCACUGUGGAAACCGCCUGCAAAGAGUACAAACACAGCUUCAAACAGACCUGGCAGAAUAACAUGUCGAAGACCAGCGAGCCCAAGAUCAAGUUCUUUGAUGGGGAGGACUUCACGUGUGUUACCUUCCAGCCGGACCUGUCCAAGUUCAAGAUGGAGAAGCUGGACAAGGACAUAUUAGCUCUGCUCACCAGGAGGGCCUAUGACAUCGCUGGCUCCUGCAAAGGCGUGAAGGUCAUGCUGAAUGGGAAGAAGCUCCCGGUGACAGGGUUCCGCAGCUAUGUGGACCUGUAUGUGAGGGACAAGGUGGACGAGGUGGGUGUGGCCUUGAAGGUGGUCAAUGAGUCAGUCAACGAGCGCUGGGAGGUGUGUCUCACCAUGAGCGAGAAGGGAUUCCAACAGAUCAGUUUUGUGAACAGCAUCGCCACCACUAAGGGUGGGAGACACAUUGAUUAUGUGGUGGACCAGAUUGUAUCCAAGCUCAUAGAGGUGGUCAAGAAGAAGAACAAAGCUGGUGUCACAGUCAAACCCUUCCAGGUGAAGAACCACAUAUGGGUGUUUGUGAACGCACUGAUCGAGAACCCAACCUUUGACUCCCAGACCAAGGAAAACAUGACCCUCCAGACCAAGAGCUUUGGAUCUAAGUGCCCUCUCUCUGAGAAGUUCAUCAGAGCGGCGACCAACUGUGGGAUUGUGGAGAGUAUUCUGAACUGGGUGAAGUUCAAGGCUCAGACACAACUGAACAAGAAAUGUUCUUCAGUGAAACACAGCAAGAUAAAAGGCAUCCCCAAGCUGGACGAUGCUAAUGAUGCCGGCGGUAAACACUCAUCGGAAUGCACCCUGAUCCUUACGGAGGGAGACUCGGCCAAGUCCCUGGCUGUCUCCGGCCUUGGCGUCAUCGGCCGAGAUCGCUACGGCGUCUUCCCACUACGAGGAAAGAUCCUGAACGUACGAGAGGCCACACACAAACAGAUCAUGGAGAACGCAGAGAUUAAUAACAUCAUCAAGAUAGUGGGUCUGCAGUACAAGAAGAGCUACGACGACCCAGAGUCUCUCAGAUCACUGCGCUACGGCAAGAUCAUGAUCAUGACCGAUCAGGAUCAAGAUGGCUCCCAUAUCAAGGGUUUGCUGAUCAACUUCUUCCAUCACAACUGGCCGUCCCUUCUCAAACACACCUUCCUGGAGGAGUUCAUCACCCCCAUUGUCAAAGUGAACAAGAAUAAGCAAGAAUAUGCUUUCUACAGUCUCCCGGAGUUUGAUGAAUGGAAGAAACAGACAGAGAACUUUAAAACCUGGCACAUAAAGUACUACAAAGGUUUGGGUACCAGCACAAGCAAGGAAGCCAAAGAGUACUUUGCAGACAUGGAGAAGCACCGGAUCAUGUUCAGAUACACCGGGACGGAGGACGAUGCUGCCAUCACACUGGCGUUCAGUAAGAAGAAGACUGACGACCGGAAGGAGUGGCUCACUAACUUCAUGGAGGACAGGAGACAGAGGAGGAUGCACGGCCUGCCCGAGCAAUACCUGUACGGCACGGCUACGAAGCACCUGUCCUACAACGAUUUCAUUAACAAAGAGCUCAUCCUCUUCUCCAACUCGGACAACGAGAGAUCCAUCCCAUCUUUAGUUGACGGUCUGAAGCCUGGCCAGAGGAAGGUGCUGUUCACCUGUUUGAAGAGAAAUGACAAGCGGGAAGUGAAGGUGGCUCAGCUGGCUGGUUCUGUGGCUGAGAUGUCGGCCUACCAUCAUGGAGAGCAAUCCUUGUUGAUGACGAUCGUGAACUUGGCCCAGAACUUUGUGGGCAGCAACAACGUGAACAUCCUGCAGCCGCUGGGCCAGUUUGGCACCCGCAUCAACGGUGGCAAGGACGCUGCCAGCCCCCGUUACAUCUUCACCAUGCUCAGUCCCCUGGCCAAGCUGUUGUUCCCGGCCGUGGACUCCUGCCUGCUGAAGUUCCUGUACGAUGACAACCAGAAGGUGGAGCCAGAGUGGUACAUCCCCAUCAUUCCCUUGGUGCUGGUGAACGGGGCCGAGGGCAUCGGGACGGGCUGGGCCUGCAAGAUCCCCAACUAUGACCACCGGGAAAUAGUCAACAACAUCAUCCGCAUGCUCAGCAUGCAGGAACCUCUGCCCAUGCUGCCCAGCUAUAAGAACUUUAAAGGAGUGAUCCAUGAGUUGGGCCAGAACCAGUACAUGGUCAGUGGAGAGGUCUCUGUCCUGGACAAGAACACCAUUGAAAUCACUGAGCUUCCUGUUCGCACCUGGACACAGGCCUAUAAAGAGUCUGUACUGGAGCCCAUGCUCCAGGGGACAGAAAAGACUCCAGCUCUGAUCAACGACUAUAAGGAGUAUCACACAGACCAAACGGUCAAGUUUGUGGUCCGCAUGUCGGAGGAGAAGCUGGCUCAGGCCGAGGCCGCGGGACUGCACAAAGUCUUCAAGUUGCAAUCCAGUCUCACCUGCAACUCCAUGGUCUUGUUUGAUCACAUGGGCUGUCUGAAGAGGUAUGACUCAGUCCAGGACAUUCUCAAGGAAUUCUUUGAUCUACGGUUGCAAUAUUACAAGCUGAGGAAGGACUGGCUAAUAGGAAGCCUGGGGGCGGAGGCUUCCAAACUGUCCAAUCAGGCCCGAUUUGUGCUGGAAAAGAUCGAGGGGAAGAUCACGAUCGAGAACAAGUCUAAGAAGGACCUGAUCAGGAUGCUGGUACAGAAGGGCUUUGAGUCCGACCCCGUUGUGGCGUGGACCAAAGCACAGGAAAAGGCUCUGGAGGACGACGACCGCGACGGUAACAACAGUGACAGCUCCGUGGACUCUGGCUCGUCGUCAGGACCCAACUUCAACUACAUCCUCAACAUGUCCCUGUGGUGCCUGACCAAGGAGAAGGUGGAGGAGCUGCUCCGACAGAGGGACCUCAAGAAAGGCGAGCUGAAUGAGCUGCAGAGGAAGUCUCCAGAGGACCUGUGGAAAGAGGACCUGGCUGUCUUCAUUGAAGAACUGGAUAAAAUCGAGGCCCAGGAGCGGGCAGACCUGAGUUCUGGUAGUGGCACCAAGCUGGUGAAAGGCAAGGUGGGCAAGCCCAAGGUGAAGAAGUUCCAUUUGGAGGAGACCCUGCCAUCGCCGUAUGGCCGCAGGGUCAUCCCUACCAUCACUCAGGCAAUGAAGACUGACGCCUCCAAGAAGAUGACCAAAAAGAAGAAGGGCGAUUCUGACCUGGUAGUGAAGAUGGAGUUUGAUGAUGACAUGGGAGUGCUGGGGGCUGAUGGAGGAACCGGAGACAACUCCCUCAACUCCUCCUCUGCUAACACGCCAGCCACAGCGUCAGCCAAGCCGAAGGCCCCCAGGGUGAAACGGGAAAAGAAGGAGCCAGGUGCUCCCAGAGCCAGAAAACCCCCUGCACCCAAAGGUUCGGCUGGUAAAAAGGUGAAGAAGCGUAACCCCUGGUCAGAAGAUGAGUCCAAGUCAGAGAGCGACCUGGAGGACUGUGAACCUGUGGUCAUCCCCCGAGACACCAAGUCACAACGGGCCUCAGCGGCCAAGCCCAAGUAUACUUUUGACUUCAGUGAGGAAGAGGACGGCGGCGAAGAUAUUGAUGAUGACGUGGAUGAUGAUGAUGAGGCUGACGCUGAAUCUUCGCCAGCCAGGCCCUACAAAGAUGACUUUACCCCUUCAUCUGAGACUAAAGACCGGUACAAAGACCACAGUGACGAUAACGAGGAUGAAGAAGAAAUCCUUCCGCCACCUAAACGGACAACCACCACCACAAUCUCACCAGCAAAGAAGAAAAAGGAACCAGAGAGUAUAUUCUCCUCCUCCAAGUCAGCUUUCUCCUCGGAAAAGAGCAAUGACAGUGACGAUCUGAAGUUCGACAGUGAUGAGGAAGACAAGGCCUUCUCCUACUCCAGCAGCUCAGCCUUUGACAAACCUGCCCCAGCUAAGAAAGCAGCUAAAAAGCCUUCAGAUGCAGCACCCAAACCCAGGAAAGCACCGGCGCCCAAAGCCCCAAAACAGAAGCUGGACACGUCCGUCUGGGACUCGGAUUCUGACAGCAGCUCCAAGAAGCCGGCACCAGCACUCAAAGGCAAAGGCCGGGGGAGGAAGAGGAAGCAGUCUGGGUCGGAAGAGGAUGACUUCAGUCCCAAGAAGGCCCCUGGGAAAGCAGCAAAAGCCCCAGCCAGGAAGCCAUCCAAGAAAGCAGCCGCUUCCCGGCCCCCCAUGUCAGACGACGACGACGACGCCGGCGAAUUGGACCCCAACCGGUUCAGCCAGUCGGACGUGGCUACUCGGGAACGGCCGGGCAGAGGCAGGGCCAAGAAGGAGGUGAAGUACUUCGCAGAGUCAGCGUCCGGGUCGGACGACGAUCAGUACGACAUGUUUGACUGAUGGAUGGAAUCCCUCUCACACAGGCACUCUUCCAAGGCUUUCUAAGUGCUUCCUUCCCUCCCGCCUUGACGUAAUCACAGGUCUUCACUGGCGGAUCUGUGAAAGUAAUAGGGUUGUGGUCCUCGCUGUCACCUAUCCAAUCACUUACAAUCUGUGAUCACCACGAUGGGUCACAGACAAGGGGUGGAUUCUUUUUGAGAAUUUGAACAUGGCCAUUGACAUGCCACAUUCUUCCCCGCUCACUUUCUAGAAAGUAAGUGAGUGGUAGGAUGGGUGACAGCAGUGGGUGUACACCCGUCCUAGUCCUGUCAGAUCAGUGAUUCCUUUAGUGACGGGAGGGAGGGAGGGAGAGCGGGAGGAAGGAUGUCGUUUUGAAGUAUUCAACUAGGACCACAGACACAUGCUUGUGGAAGUACCCCUGUGCUGUGUCCCGCAGACUUUUGUACAUUUCCCUCCCUCCCUCUUUCAUUUUCUUUUCUUUUAAUGGUGACGUUCAAUGCUUUCUACUGUGUAGGUGUUUUACACUUUUUAUUAUACAUACAAUUGUUUUUUAAUUAUUAUUAUUACCAUGUUCUGUAUUUGUCCUGAGCAGCUUUUAGAAGUUAGGAACGCGGUGCUUCAGCACAUUUUAAUUGUUAAAAAGUAAAAAAGAGACAAUGUACCUUUUUGAACAUGAACUUGGAAGUAAACAAUGAAAUGUAAAUGAU